GGAAAAAGGAGCAUUUUACACUCAGUGAUAUUUCAGCGUGCAACAACACAAACACAGGAACAUUUCCAGCACCAGUUUCAACCGCUGGACUCUCCUGAAGGUUUGAAGAGAUGUCUUCCGUGUGGGAGCCGUCAGGUUAUUCCCCCUGCAUAGAGAUCGACUCCAGCUCCGUGCGGUGCAAAGACAGACUCGCCUCUCCGGCCUGGCUGAAGCAGGAACAAGACGAACUCCGCAUCAUCAAGUGGGAGAACUUUCAGACGGGAGGCUCAGCUGAUGCCGUUCAGGACAACACGCCCAGCAGCGCCAUGUCAGCCGGCUCACAUGUAGAAAGUCUGCCCCCGCGGGUGCUGCUGACCAUCACCAAGCUGCAGUGCAUGCUGGAGAGCAAACAGGAGCGCAUCGCUGCGCUGGAGAGACAGGUGGAGGACCUGAUGCAGGACCGCAAGUUCCUGCGGAGCCAGAUAGAAAAUCUCACGAGUAACCGCUCCAUGGCGACUUUUGCAUCACCCAGUCCGCUGAGUGAAGCUCCCAAACCCAGCAAAGUGCAGCACUCAGAAAACAAGUCUCGGAAGAGAGAACGAGCUUCCUGUAGCUCCUCUGACAGCAGCGACAGCGGCUCUGAAGAGUCAGACACUUCUGAAGUUUCAGCGGCCUCGAGUGAACACAGAAGGAAGAAACACCACAAGGACAAGAAAAGAUCAAAGAAAGGGAAGGACUACAGCAGGAAGAGAGCCACCGGUGUGCAGUACGUCAUCCACCGCUACAAACAAGUCCUGUCCGCCUUCAUCAAGAAGAAGAGCAUGAGUGAAGCCUUCCGGCAUCUGGGAAUCGACCGGAACACCAUCGCCAACACGGCGUCGAUAGCUGAGCUCCACCUGGCUGGCAAAGACAUGGUCCCCUUGGUGGGCAUGUUUCGCCAAGGAGAAGAGACUCUGGUCAGCUACGCCCAUCGGUGCACCUUGGCCAUCGACAGCGACGCUGACCUGUCCAGGAGAAUAGACCAGAUGAAAGCCAACGGCGAGCUGCUGCCCAUCUCAGGGAAAAGGCCCAGGGUGCUGCAUUCUCACCUGCAGCCGCUGGGGGGCGCUGCAGAGAGCAUUUUAAUAGGUUGAUGAUUAUUUUAUUGCAUGGAGAAGGGGUGAAAAAUAAUGCCUUCUCAGAAUGACCUUCUGUUUGUUUUUCCCUCAAUCUGAACUGCUGGAUUUAAUUGUUUUAUGUAGCAUUUUUUGCAUUUCUUAAAGUUGAUUCAUGUCUCAAGGAGGAUGUUAAUUAUUUUUGUGUCCACAUCUUCACGUUUAGGAUGUGUGUAUAUUUUGUACUUGAUAGCCAUAAAAAAUAUUCACAGCUGCUUUCACUGAUGGAAAUAAUGGAUUUUUUUUAUUGUUAUUUAAGAACAGAAGUGUGUGUAUUGCUAGAAACAUCCACAAGAUGGCAGUGCUCACUUAUUAGAUUUACAUUUAACUCUUUGUCAUUUUCUCCAAAAUGGUGGAUAUGGUCAAUUUCCAUUUUCCAGCUCCUAGUUUUGGUUGGAGGUGUAGCUUCAUGUUCAUGGACUCAAUGGAAAGAACUUUGUU